AUAAUGCCCGGUGAUUGAGAUUAUGCUAAUAAUAUAUGGAUUCGUACUUAAGUUAAUAUACUUAAAAAUAGGUGAACAGAAUAAAAUAAAGAUACAACUUGAAGGUUAAUCUUAAGCCCAUCAUCUACUAAUAAAUUAUCGGUAGGCCUAGUAGCACUUUGUAAACCAUAAUGUUUAAUUCAAUGAAGCUGUUGUGUAGAAGAAAGCAAAAACCACCUACUACAUUUCCUAUGACUUUUACAAGGAACAACAACAAUAAGAAGGAAAACUUAUCGGAUUUAUGGAAUGAAGAGUUAAACCAAAGUACAAAAAUCAAAAUAGAAGAGUUUUGGAAAGACAAAGUGCACUAUCCAGAAUUUGAUCCUAGUAAAACCAACAACUAUUAUGUUCUGUCCAUGUUUCCAUAUCCUUCUGGUAAUCUGCAUAUGGGACAUGUACGAGUUUACAGUAUAAGUGACACACUAGCACGCUUCCACCGGAUGAAUGGCAAGAAUGUGCUGCAUCCUAUGGGCUGGGACGCUUUUGGUCUACCAGCAGAAAACGCAGCCAUAGAACGGGGGUUGUCUUCUGAAUUGUGGACGGCCAAGAACAUACAGACUAUGCGUGAACAGCUGAAACAGCUUGGGUGUACAUUUGAUUGGAGCAGAGAAAUUACCACCUGUCACAAGGAAUAUUAUAAGUUCACUCAGAUGAUUUUCUUAAAACUAUACGAAAAAGGUUUAGUUUACCAGAAAAAGGCGCUAGUCAACUGGGAUCCCGUUGACAAAACAGUAUUGGCAAAUGAACAAGUGACUGAAGAUGGAUACUCGUGGCGAUCGGGGGCCAAGGUGGAGAAAAAAGUAUUGAAGCAAUGGUUCAUCAGGACUUCAUCUUUUGCUAAGGCAUUGUAUGAUGGCCUGGAUCGAAAAGAUUUAGAAGACUGGAAAGACAUCAUAGAUCUACAGAAACAUUGGAUUGGAAAAUGUGAUGGAAUCAGCUUUGAGUUUCCCAUCAAAGACAGACAAGAGGAAGUUACUCUUUGGACUGAAAAACCAGAACAUUUAACUAAGGCAAAGUUUGUCGCUUUCAACCACGGAAGUGUAAUGGACAUUGAAAACGAAGGCAGCGGCAAUCGCAAACUUGACAUAGAAAUAGUAAACACGGUAACAGGAGAUUUGUUACCUGUUUUCAUCACAGAUCAAUUACCGUUCUUUGAAGGUGCAGACGGACGGGUUGGUAUACCCAGUGAGUUUGAGUGUGAUUUCGAUUUCGCAAGAAAAGUCGGAAUUAUUUCCCCAUUGGCAAAGUUUGAGCCAGAAGAGAAAAGGAUUUUUUCAGAUCGCAAACAUGUUUUGGAGAGAAUAAAAGGCAGGGCUACAAGCUCUAAGAUAAAAGAUUGGCUAAUUUCUAGACAGAGACAUUGGGGAACCCCCAUUCCCAUGGUGCAUUGUGAAAAGUGCGGUGUUCAACCUGUGUCUCAUGAACAACUUCCGGUGGUUUUGCCUCAGAUGGAGAAAGUUUCGGAGAGAGGCUCUAGAAUGGUGUGUUCUCAAGACUGGCUCUCUACUUCUUGUUCCAAAUGUGGAGGAGCUGCAACUAGAGAUGUGGACACAAUGGACACAUUCGUGGACUCGUCCUGGUAUUAUCUGAGAUACACGGACCCCCACAAUGACAAAGAGCCGUUCAGUAUAGACACAGCCUCGCCGUUGAUGCCUGUCGACAUUUACAUCGGAGGAAAGGAGCAUGCUGUGUUGCAUCUUUACUACGCUCGCUUCAUGUCGUAUUUCUUCCACUCUCUUGGAUGGUUGAGGGACCCGGAACCUUUCAAACGUCUGGUAGUCCAAGGCAUGGUGAUGGGAAAGACAUACAGAGUUAAAGGAUCAGGGAAGUUUAUACCUGCUGCGGACGUUGAAGUCAAAGAAAAGACUGUUACGGAGAGAUCGUCUGGAAAGCCAGUAGUAGAGUCGUGGGAAAAGAUGAGCAAGUCCAAGUACAACGGUGUGGAGCCAGGUGAGAUGAUUGAGAAGUAUGGAGUGGACACUACGAGGCUACUAAUCAACGGAGCUGUCGCCCCCACCUCCCAGCGUAACUGGGACGAAGCUACCUUUGCUGGAGUUUUGAACUGGCAGCGCCGGAUGUGGAUGACGGUGGCUGAGAUGCGUAAAGCCGCUACACUGCGCCAGACAAUUGCGCCACCUACAGACCUGGCGCAGGUAGAGGAGCUACUGAGAGACAGCCGUAACUACUAUCUGAGGAGCAUCACUACGGCAUACAACACAACACAUCAACUCAACAAAGUCGUGUCUAGCCUGCAGGGACUCACUGGUGACAUGAGGAAAUACAGGCAGGAAUACCAAUGUCACAGUUGGCAGUACUUGCGAGCCCUUGCUACACAGGUGGUACUAAUGUCUCCAAUAGCGCCAUGUUUUGCUGCUCAGCUGUGGGAAGGAUUGUGUGGGUUGCCAGCUCUGCAAGACUGUGAUGAGUUUGAUGUUGGUAGCCCUGCUCAUUUACAAGCCUGGCCCCAGAUAGACAGUGAUUACGAGUUGAAUCUAGUUUGCAUGGUAAAUGGAGCUGUGAAAGAUACACUGAAGAUAAGAAAAGAUCAGCUAGACCACUUGACUGUGGUGUCAGCUAGUCAGCUGGCUUUGAACAGCUGUGAAGUGAAGAAAUACACAGAUAUGUCACCUGUUUUAGAUGCCCACCUUAAGUUGUACCCUGGUGUGCAUGCUAUGUUAGAUCUGCAGGUGGACCCUACAAAAAUUAAAAGAAGUAAAGAGCCCAAAGAAAAGAAACCAAAGAAAAGAAAAACAUUUACAGGGGCUUAGAUAAGUAUUAAUGUUUAGUGUAAAUUAUACCAUUUUUGUAAA